CGAGGAUGGAUUUUCGAUUGCCGCACUGACUCACACACUGUUUUAGCAUUUCAGUUUUUAGUUCUCUGGUAUUGAUCGUCAAGCGUGGUCGCGUCACAGUUUUACAUAAGACCACUCGGCACGUGUGCAUCGUCUGGUCCCUAAUAAGCCACAAUAAUUUUCUCUAAUUUUGUCAAUCAGCUUUUAAGUUUUGCUAUAAAAUCUGUUCCACUUGGAUUAUUGUCAUCGAAAUAAUUGGUCUUUCUUCACCCAAUUAGGUGCUCUCACUAGAUUAAGUAUGGGUGAACGAAAAGGUACGAAAGGUUUGGAACUAUGGUGCCGGAAAAUGACCCAAGGCUACCCUGGUGUCAAAGUGGAAAACAUGACCACAUCGUGGAGGGAUGGACUAGCGUUUUGUGCCAUUAUACAUUAUUUCAGACCAGACCUUAUCGAAUUCGACAAACUCAACAAAGAUGACAUUUAUGGGAACAACGAACUCGCGUUCAGGAUAGCCGAGGAAAAAUUGGGCAUCCCUGCUUUACUGGAACCUGAAGACAUGGUCGAAUACGAAGUACCAGAUCGUCUAUCAAUUCUAACGUAUCUCUCCCAGUUUUACCAGACAUUUGAGAAUCAAAGAGGAAAAUCUGGAGCUCGGAUAGCCCCAAAGAGACCGCAAUCGUCUCCUGAUCAUGGGAUAGUGUCACCAGCGUCCACAAGCCCUCCAUCAAAGGUACAAAUAACACUGGGUAAAGCUAGGAAGCAGCCGUGCGCCAAAUGUGGUUUUCCAGUAUUCAUAGCCGAACGUCUUAAUGUAGGAAAACUUCUGUAUCACCGUACAUGCUUCCGAUGUGCUCGGUGUAACUCCCAACUCACUCUUGCCAAUUAUUACGAAACAGAGAAUGGUGAAUUCUGUUGCGAAAUCUGUCCCGAUGAAGAAAAACAAAUAUCAAAAAAAGUUCCAUCAGAAAUGCUACUUCGUAAGUCUCUGAGUGAUGAAGAAAAAUCUGCUAGCCUACACACACACUCGGAAACUCCAGACGCAUAUAGCACUCACUUCGAGACCGCACUAGAAUUUUCAUUAGAUAGGGAUCUUAGAAAAAGUUCUACACUCACUGAAACAGAAUGCACAGAAUUCUCUAAGGCAAGAUCUCAUUUCUUCCAUAGUCAAAUGGAAAGUUCCAGUGACACGGGCAGCGAUGAUAUACCAGCGGAGUUACCCAAGAGCAAACCACCACCUCUAAUAAACACCCAAUUUCUAGGCGAGGAUACCACAAACACCAAACCACCACUCCUAGCUGAGCCCGAAUAUAUAAGUAUAACGGAUAGUGAUAAAAAAGACAUGCAUAAAGUUAGUGAUAGUGUUAGUACUGAACAGACGGACGAUCACUUUGUUACCAAAGAUAAUGCGUUUAGCUCAAAUCGCGUGAGCGUUAGGGCUAGAAUGAAGUUAUUCGAAAAUAAUGAAGAUAAUAUUAAUAAGUCUGAUAUACAUAGUUUUUCCAGUAGUCAUAACUCAGUGCCUUUCAGUUCGGUUAAAAAGAAGGCCACCGUAGUAGCAAUAGAUGAUUUAGAAGACUUCGACAAUAUUAGCAGAAAGAGUAGCAGUAGUUAUAAUGUGCACAGCAAUGAUAAACAAAACGAUGAAAACGUAACAGUAGAUGAAAAGACAGAUUAUACUACUAAAGAAUGUAACCUAGAUUUUAGUGGAAAUGAAACUAACAAUAAUAUAGAUAAAUUAAAGUCUGAAGCAGAUGUUUUACUUGAAAAGACAAGUGAGAAGUAUAGCGAUAUUGUUGACAAAAAUCUGGAUUACAGCCAGAAAGAAGCAAUAAUUUAUAGCAGUACAGAAAAUUUAGACAGUAGCCAUAUUGAGCUUUCAGAGAGUAGCCAACAUGUAAAAAUGCCUGAAUGCAAGAUUGAAGCUAUAAACACUAGCUGUAUUGAAAUUUUGGAUAGUAGUCAAGAGGCAGAGACGACCCAUAGCGAAAAACACGAUAUUGGAACUAGCUAUAUUGAAAUUUUAGAUAGUAGUGAAGAAGUAGAAACCACUCACAGCAUGAAAGAUGAUAUAGAAACUAACCAACAUUUCAAAGUAAUCCAUGAAGGAGAUAUUUCAUCUGAAACAGCAAAUGAUCAGCACAAUGAUAAUGUCUCGGAUAUUGUUAUUGAGACAUGUGAUAAUAGCCAGGAAACAAAAAUAAAAGAAGAUAUACUAACAAUUAAUGAUUCGCUACAAGAAGGCAGUCCUGGAUUGCCAUUAUUGGCAGUCUCAGAAGACAGUUUUUUGACGGCGGAUAGUGAAAUAUCUCUAAAAACAAUGUCUUCAGAUGAAGGACCAAUGCACAAGCGUGGAUAUCACACUGCUUACGAUUAUCUAGCAGAGGAUAGUUAUGUGAAUGAAUCCAUUGAGCAAUCCUUGGAAUGUGUAGGGUUUUCGAAAGAUAAUACUAAUGUGGAUACUUCAAAUGAAAAUGGAACUGUAACAGAAAAACACAUACAUGAAGUUAAUGUAUGUGAUGAAGAUUCAGCUGCAUCUCAGGCGAAUGAAGAUAUUACAGAAGUUAUUCGUAAUGAAGAUAUCCAUGUAAAUAGUGAAGUUAAUGAUUCUGACGCACAAAUAAAAGCACCAAAUGGUUUAGUAUAUAAUAAUGAUAGUGCAAUCCAUAAAUCUGAAUUUGAUAUUGAAUAUCCAGAUGAUCUAGAUCCAUUCGACGACAAUAGUCAAUCCGAGUCUACUCCUCCAAAGCCACUUGGAGCAACUGAUGAAGAAAAUCUUGCAAUUUCCACCAACCAACUUCCACCUCCCAGAACUAGAAAGAAAAAAAUUGCAAUUACCUUGGAAGACAGCCUACUAAGUACUCCAGACACUCCAGGGUUCUACGAUAAAGUGUACGAUGUGAAACGUGUAAGUAUCAAUCCCUUUGGGGACGAUGAAAAUGAUGAAGAUGUAAGCUACAAUCCUUUUGAAGAGGAUGCGCGUAGAGAAGAGCAAGAAAUCAUGAUCAAAAAGAAAAUAUCGCCUCGCGUAGAAGAUAUGAAACGCGUCAAGAGUUAUAAUCCAUUCGAAGAUGACGAGGAUGAAGAAUUAGAACAGCCAGUGAGACCGGUUCCUAUUCCAGUUCCUAGAACCAAAGCUACUCGACCAGAACCAAAACCAAGAGACACCCUAUCAAUAACAAGCAGAGGCAGCCAUGGUGGUAGCAAUUCUUCAAUUUCUAGUGGAAGUGCUGUUGGUAGCGCUAGAAAGAAAAAGCCCGCUCCACGCCCUCCUGUGCCUUUCCAUAAUAAUGAAUUUUUGUCGAUGCCUGGAAGUUCGACGGCAAGUCCUAGUCAAAGUUUGACUGAAUCUCCAAAUUUAUCCGGCACAAUAAGAAGUAGAAAAAAUAGACGUGCGCCACCUCCACCCAAAGCUUCAACGCCUAUACCUCCCUAUGUGGAUAAUGAUUCCAAAUAUACAGUGUCUUGUGAAGUAUCUCCAGUAAUACCCGUUAUAAAAGAGAGGGUUUCCUUUUCUGCAGAAAAAAAUGUUAAGGAUGAGGUUAAUAGGAAUCGACAGAGCCAGAUUCAAAAUCCUCCCAUCGAAAUAGACAAUAACAUGGCAACUGACAAAAGUACUGCUGGUAGAUGGAAGCGCAGAAAGGGUCAAGCACCUUCGCGUCCUAUACCAGAAAAGCGAAUCGUGAAAACUCUUCCGUUAUCGGAAAUCAAACGAGAGCUGGAUACUAUCGAAAUUCAACAACAGGGUUUGGAAAAACAGGGUAUUAGAUUGGAGCAGAUUAUCAGAGAAAAAUGUGAGGGACCAGGAGAUAUUGCAGUAGAAGACCCAGUGCCUAUUGAUGUAGAAGAUUUAAUUUUGCAGCUCUUCGAAUUGGUUAAUGAGAAAAAUGAGUUGUUCAGAAGACAGGCGGAACUUAUGUACUUACGUCGGCAGCAAAGGCUAGAAGAAGAGUACGCAGACGUCGAAUACCAAAUCAGAUGCCUUAUUUUGCAGCCUGAUGCUAACAAAAGUGAUUAUGAUAAAGUCAAGGAGGAAACUCUCAUCAACAGGUUGGUGGAAAUUGUGGAGAGAAGAAAUGAAAUCAUUGAUUGUCUCGAAAUGGACAGGAGGAGGGAAACAGAAGAAGAUAACAGCAUCCGUAGUCAAUUAAACCUUUACAGUUCGAAAAGAGAUGACGAAAAGGAUUCGCCUAGCACAGAAAGUGAAGCGAAGAAAAAGAAGAAACACAAGAAAAUCAGCAAAAUCAUUCAAACGUUCAAACACAAAAAGGAAAAAGAUCUUAAGGUGGAUAUUGAUAAGGAUGUGGAUGAAACUGAGGUGUCAGAGAAGGGAAAGAAAAAAAAAUUCAAUUUAUUUUAAAAUAAUGUCAUAAUUUGAGUUUUUCGAUAAUUAUAUUCCUGAUUUAUUCUGUUUUCAAUGAAUUUUAGUAUUUAGAAAUUGCAGAAUUGAAUUAGGUUUCAUACAUCACAUUUUUUACUAGCCUAUCUUUCAAUGUUUACUAUUGGUUGCCAUUAUUAUUUAAUAAUACAUACUUGUUAAGCCUUAUGAGCAAAAAUCAGCAAUAUAUCGUAACAAAUGAAAAACUUAUACAGUGUCAUUACUUAAGUGUGCAACAUACGGGAUUUUUUUUUAGUCAUAGCACAAUCAAAAUACAAACAAAGCCAAAAGUUGGUGCAUGUCUGAUAAUCAUAUUAGGUGCACUUAGAAUGGUUGCAAGUCAAACAGCAUACAGGGUGGCUCAAAUAAUAUCAAAAUUCUACUAAUAUUUACUUAAAUAAAAUAAAACUUUUGCACUUUAAGGAGAGUUUUUUUAAUAUGGCUAUUAUCACUAGUAAUGUUUUAACUUGUUAAAAAAAAAUUGCGACAUUUCAAAGUUGUGUUGAAUAUCAUUGCAACAAACAUGAAUUUUGUGAUUCCAUAAAAAAUUAAAAAUCUAAGUUAAAUUUACAAAUAUGCUUGAAUUUGAACAAACUUAUGUAAAAUUGAUUUGAUUUGAAUUAAUUUUUGAAAGUAUUAAGGGCAGAAAUAGAAAAUAAAGAAAAUAUAGAAAUUAUAGAUUUUUUUCGAAAGAAAAUAAAAAAAAUCUUAGGAGGCUAUGUUUUGGUAUUUAGGCAUAACUUUUAAUUCCAAACAACUUUUCUCUAUAACAUUUUGCUGAAUUUUCGAAAAUAAGGGUACUUUACUGUACAGCUUUGAUAUUGUUGGAGCUACCCUGUAUGCUGUUUGACUUGCAACCAUUCUAAGUGCACCUAAUAUGAUUAUCAGACAUGCACCAACUUUUGGCCAUGUUUGUAUUUGGGUUGUGCUAUUACUAAAAAAAAUCCCCAUAUGUUGCACACUUAAAAAAUCACACUGUAUAUUGAAGUAAAAUCAAAACGCCAUAUCUGUUUCGCUGGAGUACUUUCUAAGACUUGUAGGUAAUGACAUUUUCUAAUAUAUCUUUUUUUGAUCUAUUUCAUUCAUUCAUUUGAAUCAUAUUUAAAGUAUGUAUUAAUAAUAAUAAGAUAUAUAUUUCUAAUUAAAUUAUUGUUACAUUGUUAUCAAAUAACUCUCUGAAAUAUUUUUAUUCGUUUAGUUUAUUUUUACUUAAAAGUUUUGAAUAAGCUGUGCACUAAAGUUUUUCUUAUCGUUAAAAAUAUUUUGUUUUAUCAUGUAAACGUUAAGAUUAUUAUAUACAUAUGCAUAUAUUUUUGUACUACUAAGUUAUUUUAAGUUUCAUAUUGUGAUUUUUUUCUUGUUUUACU